AUUUCUGGAUAUAAAUUUUCUUAUUCGUCCAAAGUUCAAUCAAUAAUAAGAAAAUAUUUAGUGUACAUUUCAUUAUAGCAAAUGAACGUGACGCCAAGAGUUUGUAAAUCGCAUGCAAUUUUUAGUCGUGGUAUAGUGAACUAUCUAUCUCGACCUUAUUUAAACCUGAACAUUUUCACGAAAAUGGUUCGAAAGUUCUCUGCCAUCUCCGACCAGUUCAAAGAAGCAAAAGACAAAGUAGGAACUUUAACUCAAGAUCCAGGGAAUGAAUUGAAGUUGAAGAUGUACGCCCUUUUUAAGCAGGGUUCUUCAGGCAAAUGUAAUACACCAAAGCCUGGGGCUUUGGACUUUGUUGGAAAGGCAAAAUGGAAUGCAUGGAAUGAUUUGGGUGAUUUAUCACAGGUAGAUGCACAAAAACAGUAUAUAGCACUUGUGGAAUCUUUACUAGGACAAGAACCCAAGACCAACAGCCAACCCAACAAAGACAUUAAUACAUCAAAUGAGUUUGAAAAUAUUCUUGUCUCUACUGAUGGUGGUUUGAGGACAAUCACACUGAACAGGCCUGAUAAAUACAAUGCUUUGACCCCAAAGAUGUACAAUGAGUUAAUUGUCGCACUAAAGCAAGCAAGAGAUGAUAAUUCGGUUGUGACAUUAAUAACAGGAGCUGGAAAAUAUUUCUGUAGUGGCAAUGACCUCACUAACUUUAUGAACAUUCCUCCUGAAGGUCCAGAAAAACUUGCUGCUGAUAGUAAAGAAAUAUUGAGAGAAUUUGUUGCAACUUUUAUCGACUUCCCAAAACCCAUCGUGGCUGCAGUCAAUGGACCAGCAGUUGGAAUAUCUGUGACAAUACUUGGUCUAAUUGAUAUCGUAUAUGCUUCUGAUGUUGCGACAUUUCACACACCGUUUAUGACGUUAGGGCAAAGUCCUGAAGCUUGCUCUUCGUAUCUCUUUCCAAAGAUCAUGGGUUAUGCAAAGGCGAAUGAGAUGUUACUCGCUGGAAAAAAACUGACUGCGGUCGAAGCUUGUAACUACGGUUUGGUAACAGAAGUUAUUCCUCAAGCCGAGUUUGAAAAAGAAAUUAACAACAAAAUGAAAUACAUGGCUGCCUUGCCGCCGAAGUCGCUCUCAUUGUCCAAGAAAUUAUGUCGCUCAGCUGAGCUGGAGAAACUUCAUGAUGUGAAUAAUAAAGAAUGCGAACUGCUUGCUCAAAGAUGGCUCUCGGAGGAAUGCGCGCAAGCAGUGAUGACUUUUUUACAACGCAAAUCAAAAAUGUAGUUGAAACAUUAAGUUGAUUCCUUUUUAUGAAAUUUUCGAUUUAUUUCCUUUCUGUGUAUUUUAUUCAGUUCGAUAAAAACCAUUUUCAUCAAA